AUGAAGGUUACCGCUGUGUUUGUCGGUUGUUUAGCUUUGGCUGCUUUGUCUUAUGCUUACCGGAACUACAACGACAAUUUCUAUGUUUUCGACCGUCAUGGCGAUGACCACCAUGACAAUAAUGGAAAACAGCAUCACGAAAACCAACAACAUAACGACCUUCAUGAUGAACAUCGGCACGAGAAACAUCAGGAAGGACGUGAUCAUCAUUAUAACUAUGGAGUAGACGACAAGCAUCAUGAUGGAGAACAUCAUUUACAGCACAGUCACGCAUUCGUUAACGGCGCUGAAGCUGGCCACCAUAACGCGCAUAAUGGGAAAUGGAAAAAGCAGCAGGAGCGAGGACAUAAGACAGACUGGAACGAUUACGCAUACGGUGGUCAUGGUGAUUGGGUGAAAGAACGUUCAUGGGGAGACAGAGUGGAGCAGGGUACCGGUAAUCACCAAAACAACGAAUGGGAAGGUUUAUGGGAAGAUGACUUUGGGCGCACUCGGCACGACUACGGAGUAAAAAACCAUGGUUUUGGAAAUCAUGAAGGUGGCUUUGGAAGUCAUGUCAACAGUGACCAUAACGAUUACAGCAAACAUGAUUUGUAUAGCGGAGACCACGCGAGCGACAACAGCAAUAUGCAUAGAGCUGACCACGACCGCUAUUAUGGACGCCAUGGUUCAAGCGCCCGUGAUUACUUUGAUGAUUACUUGAAAGCUUGA